AUGUGUCUUUGGCUUUUAACAGCGUGCUUGGGUCUUAUACCUACAACUCCACAGAACAGCAAUGUGAUUGUUAUUCAAGGUCUGCCUACGCCAAUAAUUCAGCCAACUACGCCACCGGCAAAUAUCACUAUUCCUACAGUAACUUUUCCUACAGUUACUGUUCCCACCGUGACGAUACCACCAUUCACAUUUCCACCUACAGUAACGAUACCGACAGUCACAUUUCCGCCUACUGUAACGGUACCGCCGGUCACCGGGGUUUCUCCGACAACAGGUGGAGUCUCUUUAGCAGCUGUAAUAGUGUGUAACGAUUCCGAUGUAAUAUGUGUUGCUAAUCCUGAUGACAUCGAUACAGGCCCACUCCCUAUUGACCCGAGGUUGGGAACUACACCAGGGCCGUCAGCAGCGCUACAACUCCCAACUAUCACCGGAUAUAGUGCACAAGGGCCAUCUUACGACACAAGUGUGAGAUUUCCAAGAGAGAAAAGAAGUGUAGACAAUGAGGACAACACUAUGCUUCAAGUUUUGUUCAAUUAUAAAAACAUAAUCAUCGAGAAUCACAAAAUCAUUAAAAGACAAAGUUGCGCAUGUGUGCCUAAUGGUACCUGUGCUACUCCGGGAACAAAUAAUGGAGCCGGUCUUAUAGAUUUAAGAAUAGUUACACCGGGUCAAGGGCAAUGCCCUGCUGGACAAGUGUAUUGUUGUACUGGAACCGUUUCUCAGAUAGCUUGUGGUAUAUUACAAGCUACACCCAAUAUUGCUGUACAACCUGCAGCAGGACAAGCUAAUUAUGGUGAAUAUCCUUGGCAGGCAAUGAUUUUAACUAAACAGAAUGAAUAUGUAGCAGGAGGUGUACUUAUUGAUAGCUUGAACGUUCUAACCGUCACGCACAGACUGCUGCCAUACAUGUAA